CAAGAUUGCAUGCAUGGCCUUAUGGAGCUUGCAGCAAGCUGGAAACUGGAGAGACCAAUCAAAAAUCGAAAAUGAUUAACACCGGGAAAUUAGCAGGGCGCACGCUGUUCAUCACAGGUGCAAGCAGAGGCAUUGGGAAGGCCAUUGCACUGAAAGCUGCUAGAGAUGGAGCCAAUGUCGUCAUCGCUGCUAAGACUGCUGAACCUCAUCCAAAGCUCCCAGGAACCAUCUACACAGCAGCAGAAGAAGUGGAGAAAGCUGGUGGGAAAUGCCUGCCAUGCAUAGUUGACAUCAGGGAAGAGUCGCAGGUAGCUUCAGCUGUCGAGGAAGCCGUCAAGAAAUUUGGAGGCAUCGAUAUUCUAGUCAACAAUGCAAGUGCUAUUAGUUUAACAGAUUGA